AUGGAUUGGAUCAAAGACCACGUUCACGAUACUGUACGUGAGAUUAGAAGACGCAGCGCUGUAAUACCAGAGAAAGAAGAUGUGGCAGCCUUUCUGAGUGACAGUCUGUACGAAAAAGACAUUUUUAUUGCUGUUAAGAUCAUGACGUCGUCGCCAUUCCCAGAACGCCGUCUUCAAGCUAUUAAAGAUAUCGGACACUGGGCGUGGUCUGGUGGACCACCGGUCGCCAAGUUUGCCGGGAAUUACUUGUCUAAUUUACUCGGAAUUGCUACUAAUCCUACCAUGUCAAUUGAAAUGACAAAGGYCGCCGUACAAGCUAUUGGGAACAUAUGCUGCUCUAGUAAAGAGGCGAGUCUGCGCUCAAGUACUAUAGGAGUUGUCGAAUCACUGUGUAAAUUACUUGAUGAUCACAAAGAACCUGGAUACGAAGACUUGGUAAGAAACAAACGAUCGUGA